AUGGUUUCUGGCUCUGACGAUGUCCUUCCAAGUAUGGACGAAAGCUCAGCACGGAGUCAUCAGGGUCUUAAGACGGUUGGCCGAGGUCUUCUUCGCACAAUUCAACAGACAAAAGUCCAAGGCAACCUGGUGAGGACAAUCUACGAAUCCCUUCGACCCCCCUUCUUGAACGAAAUGAAAGGUACGCCAGUAGCGUCUAGCCAACACUGCUACCAAACAGAAUUACACAUCAUCUUGGUCUUCAUAUCUACGAUCUAA